AUGUCCUCUACCCCAGUGCGGAAAGGAAAUCGCAAGCAGCAAGAAUUUGACGAGAUAUUCACGAAAUUUACAGCAUUGGUAAGAUCUCCUUUAGUUUUUAUUGUUGUUUUUAGGAAGGAACUUCUUCAUUUCACAAAUUCGUAGACAACUUCGUGGACAAUGAAAUCAGACAAUUAGAGAAGCCGGAGCUUUUUGCCGAUUUAUUGCUGAAAGCUUUGAAAUCCGGAGGUCUGGCUUCGAUUCCUGCCUUCAGAGGCUUGUUGUUCUUGGUGUUGGAGAAGAACUUGUAAGUUUUGUGCCUUAAUAGUUGCCUUGGAUCUUUAGGAAGGCUCUGGUUGUGCUGCUCUCACUUGCAAAUGAUAAAGUAUUUUCCUUCCUCAUCUAGUAUAACAUAAUUUUUAAUUCUCCUUUCCAGCGCCGUCGACAAUCUGUAUGAAGAAGUUUACAAGCUUCUGAGGCCGACUACAGUGUUUUCAAACCAAUCACAGAAGCUUCUUGAGCUGGUUGGCAGUUCUUUGAGCUCACCUUACCUACCUCAAUAUACAUUAGCUGCGUUCGCUAAAAAGUUGGCCCGGCUUUUGCUGAUUGCCCCCGUACAACAACAGUUGAUGAUUCUCAACGUUUUGAAGAACAUUUGCCACACACAUCCUGCGAUAUUUGAUCUUCUAGCUAACAGAAGCGAACCAGGUAGGAUUUUGGUGGUGAAUUCAUUUGAUUUUUGAGUUUUUAGGUAAAAUAUGGCUGUCUAAACGAAUAUAGGGUUGAUACAGAGGUAUUUUGACGUCUGUCGGUAUUGUUACAACCGCUAUUACCUUAUUUUGUCGUCAACUUUGGUCUAAAUUUCCAAUUUUCAGCUACCCUAGCAUCAGAUCCAUAUGACCCAGAAGCCCCAAUCACCGAAUCCAAAGCCUCCGAAUCCUCUCUCUGGGAAUUAAAAGCAAUUCAUCAUCACUGGUAUAUCCGUGUUGCUGACCGAUCCAAAUUCAUUCAUGGAAAUCGACCAGAACAGCGCGUAAAAAUCGUUGGUGAAGAUGUCGCCGAGGCCAUCUUGAACAAACUGAAGACCGACAACGCUGCUUUGAAUCCUAAAUUUGGCCUGAAACCUCUUGAAGCCACAAGGGAUUUGAUUUGCGAUUGA